AUGUCGACACCAUCGAAACGACGCAAGAAGAACGACGGGCAACCUGCACGCGGACUCGACUACUUCUUUGGAAAGCAAGCACAGGUGAAACCACAACCGAAGGACGAACCGAAAAUCGAAGCUCAGGAGACGGAGCUGAAGCAUGACGACCUCGAUCACGAUGUCCUCUCUGAUGAGGCUCUGGCCCGGAAACUACAGGCAGAAUGGGACGAAGCAGACCGAGCAGCGUCAGCACCGGCGCCUACAUCGUCGCCUUCGAAGGCAGCACCCACAACUGAGGCCUCGGAAGAAGCAGCAUUACCGGAACAUAUAAAGCAAGAGUCGGACAUAAAGGAAGAAACUCCCACACUCAUUUCUGCUCCGGCAGCAGCACCUAUCAACCCCUUUGCAGGUUUAGGCAAGAAGAACACGCUCUCCCUCCAGUCAGCUACCGCAGACGAAGACACAAUCACAUACGACAUCCCCUUCGACCAAAGCCCCCUGACUUUCGACCCACAAAAGUACAUACCUGAGUUGAAGAAGCAGUGGGUCACGGACAACGGCCAUGCUACCUACGCCCUCCUCACCCACUGCUUCGUCAUGGUGAACAGCACACAAAGUCGCAUCAAGAUUGUUGAUACACUGGUAAACACUUUACGAGUUAUAAUAGAAGGAGAUCCACAGAGCCUGUUGCCUGCAGUAUGGCUAGCGACAAACUCAAUAUCACCACCCUACAUCGACAUGGAGCUCGGACUUGGAGGUUCUGCUAUCUCAAAGGCGCUGAAAAAAGUAUGCGGAUUGGAUAGCCCUGGGCUGAAGAAAUUGUUCGACAAGUAUGGUGAUGCUGGAGACGUUGCAUUUGAGGCAAAGAAGCGACAGAGCUUGACGCUGAGGAAGCCUAAGCCUUUGACCAUCAAGGCUGUUUUCGAGUCACUAGUCAAGAUCGCCAAUGCAAAAGGUCAUGGUAGUGUCGAGGUAAAGCAGCGAUUGGUCGAAAGACUGGUUCAAGAUUCUAGAGGUGCCGAAGAGAGUCGAUAUGUUGUUCGUACUCUGGUUCAGCAUCUUCGUAUUGGUGCCGUAAAGACGACCAUGCUUAUUGCACUGUCUCGAGCGUUUCUCUUAUCAAAACCACCAGGCGCGGACUUCCCGACAAAAGACAGACAUGGAUUGGCCAAGCUCUCGAAACAACAACUGGCAGAAGUAUACUCUCCUGCCGAGGAGAUUGUCAAGGCUUGCUUUGCUCGUCGACCAAACUAUAAUGAUUUAGUACCCACUCUGCUCGAAAUCGGCGUUACAGAAGAGCUUCUACUUCGCUGCGGUCUCGCAAUGCACAUCCCACUCCGCCCCAUGCUGGGUGGCAUUACUAGAGACCUAGGUGAAAUGCUAACAAAACUAUUCGGUCGCGAGUUCACCUGCGAAUACAAAUACGAUGGCCAGAGAGCACAAGUUCAUUGCGAUCCAUCGGGCAAAGUAACAAUAUUCUCCCGACACCUCGAAGUAAUGACAGACAAAUACCCCGACCUCGUCGCCCUGGUCCCCAAGAUUCGCGGCGAAGGCGUGGAAUCAUUCAUCCUCGAAGGCGAAGUCGUAGCCCUCGACCGCGCAACCGGCGCUUUACUACCCUUCCAAACCCUCUCCAACCGCGCUCGCAAAGACGUCGCCAUCUCCUCCGUCACCGUAGACGUAUGCCUCUUCUCCUUCGACCUGAUGUACCUAAACGGCGAAGGGCUCAUGGACCGCCCAUUCCGAGAAAGAAGAUCCUUGCUACGGAGUCUAUUCGUGGAAAUCCCCCAUCAUUUCACCUGGGUCAAAAGCAUCGAUGCCGUAUCCACCGACGAAGAAGCAAUCGCAGAGUUCUACAAACAAGCACUCGCGGAUAAAUGCGAAGGCUUCAUGGCGAAAGUAUUGGAUAAUCUGCCCAAUCCUGAUUUACUAGAUGAAGACGGCAUGCCAAAACCACCUCCUACACCAUCCAAACGCAAACGUGCCGCCAAACCAAAACCGGGCGAUAUUCCCUCCUCACCACCACCAGAAGCGGAAACAGCAGCGAUUAAAAAAGGAGGAAGGAGGAAAGCGCUCCUCGCGACCUACGAACCGGAUAAACGACUCGAUUCAUGGUUGAAAGUGAAAAAAGACUACGACACCUCUGCGUCAGAUACCAUCGACCUAAUCCCCAUAGCGGCAUGGCAUGGCACAGGGAGAAAAUGCAAUUGGUGGUCUCCCAUACUGCUCGCUUGUAGGAAUCCAGAAACCGGAGGACUAGAAGCAGUUACGAAAUGUAUGGCCGGAUUCAGUGAUGCGUUUUACAAGGCAAACAGGUCAAAGUAUGAUCCAGAUGCCGGAUUGGAAGAUGAAGAUGAAGAUGAGGAGGCAGAAGUACCGACCCCCCACCCAACAAAAAACAACACCCUAGGCGCCAAACCGUCAUACAUCUCCUACCGCGGCCCUUCCCCAUCAAUCUGGUUCUCCCCCCAAGAAGUGUGGGAAUGCGCUUUCGCAGACGUGACUCUCUCGCCCACCUACACCGCCGCUAUAGGUCUUGUUUCUGAAGAAAGAGGAUUGUCAUUGCGUUUCCCACGCUUCCUCAAAGUCAGAGAGGAUAAAAGUGUUGAUGAGGCUAGUACGGGGGAUUUUUUGGCGCGGUUGUGGAGGAAACAGGAAGACAGGGGAGGGAAGGUGGAGGAGGAGGUGGAAGGGGAGGAGUGA